CGUCUGAUAUUGGCAUUCGUCAGUCAUAUUGACGAGAACAGUACGUAUGUGCCGUCCACCCCCUGCUCGCCAGGGGUUCUACUUGACAGGGGGCGCGCAAGCCCUGAAACUCGGACGGCCGAGACCACUGUCGUCCCCAGGAACAACGCACCGGCGUGAGCCUAGCUUUCCUCCGACAUGGCAUGGGCAUCAACACGCUCUCGCUGCAUGCCAGUGAUCCUGCGCCUGCGGUCAAGGAGCGGCCGAGUUCAGUUGAACCCUUACCGCCACACGGACGGUCUCGCCCAGGAUCGUCGGAUGGCGGUUGGUCACCGUCACCCCGGGCGUCGGUAUGGAUGCGGAUUUCGAAGCGUCUCGGUGAGCCGGGGGCUGGUGCGACUGUCGGACUCGCAAGCGGUCCCACUAUGGACCGCUCGAUUUCUAUGUACCGAGGGGAGCCAGAAGAGACUGCGGACGCGAUCUCGCUUCAGGCUCGCAGCCUCUUCGGAAAUGACCAUGGGUCAUUCGCCUGCAAUCCGUUCUCCCAAGCAUAGAUGUCCCGUCGCAAGAGGGAAACCCGAUUCUGGAGGGAGGAAAUCCCGCCCUGGGGAGGCGUCCGUGGAAGAUAUCUCCGCCGCCAGGUCGGGUGAGGCUGCAGCGCGCGAAUACGAUCGAAUGUGCUUCUGGCCAGCGGGAACUUGCGCCAGAACGCGUCUGUCGACACUGCCUUCGCCUGCUGACCGAUGUUCCGUGCUCUUCCUGCUGACAUAUCCGCGGGCGCACGCUUCUUACGGAACAUAGUUGCCCAGAAGGUGUAACCGCACAGAGCUCCUGGACUGACCUUGUAGCACGACCUAGUACGCUACUCUGACAUAGCAACGGAGCGAAUUUGCAUCAUUGACCAGCCAAGAUUUACUGUGGCAUG